UGAGGCAGAAGCAGGAGGGACCAUGUAGAAUGGUGAAUUAACUUUGAGUCCAGUGGCUCCAGGUACGAAAUAUUAACAACACAUCUACGUUACACUGCACAUUUACCCUUACGCAAUGUGGACUCUGGUCACUUACAACACAAAUACAAACAUGCAACACAAAUAAUAGUGAGAAACGUACCACGUGCACUGCAGCGAGCUCCUUGGUUAGUUUGUCCCGGAUGUGAUCAGUUGUUACAGCCAUGUCUGCGAGAAGAAAUACCGUGACGUUAACAGUUCAUCAGAUUGUGCCUUCAGAUGCCGACAACUCUUAGAUUUUAGUCUACAGAGGUAAACAGACUGACACCGGAAGUGCUACAGUAUUCUUCACGUUUCAGAUUUGUACAUAUUCUUUUUAAACGCUACUACAGCACAGAUGUGAACUCAAGUUUCAAUGUGAAUUCGUUUUUACCAGUUUUUUUUAUAUUGGAAGAUCUCCUGAUUUCAGUCAGCGUGCAUGAAGAGGUGGGCGUUUGUCACUGACAUCAUGACCGACUGAAGAAAUGUCCAAUUGCUUUGCCGCAGGGAAAACUCUGUCCAAUCAGGGGCGGGCUGUCUAUUUUAAAGUAGCGAAUCAUAAUAUUAGGGGUCUUUACAGAAUAACGAACAAAAUUACCCAAGAUUCGGGUAAAACAAAUAAUAUACGCGUUCACGUGUAUUCAAUUUGAUGUACUAGUAUUAAUCAGUCUUAAGAUAAGAUGUGAGGUAUUAUUGAGCCUCGGGAAGAGAUAUAUUCACUCAUUUAAAAAUAUAUUAAAGCAGGCAGCGUUAGGGGCUACUCCAGUGGACACUGUUUACAUGCAGGCAGGAGUUCUAUCAUGGCCGUUUCUUAGUGGAAAUAUUUAACGCUUUAGUGUCUGUCCUCGAGCAUAAAGGCUAAAAAGAAUAGCGAGGAGAAUGACAGUAUUUCCACAGUUAAACCGGGUAGUAUCUUAUAAUGAUUUUACAGGUCAUAUUUUUGUUUAUGGCUGUUCUUGCCAUGCUAAUUAAGCCAACUCCCAAGUGGCAAUUUAAUAACAACAGUUACACUCAUAUCGCCUUGUACAAUGGUGGUGGAGGUAGAAAGCUUCUUCGGGGUCUACAUGCUUUACUGCACGAAUCCUAAAUUCAAAGGUCGCAUCUACAUCGGCUUCACUGUGAACCCGGAGCGGCGGAUCGGACAGCACAACGCCGGGCGGCACAAAGGUGGAGCGAAGAGGACCAGUGGCAGGGGACCAUGGGAGAUGGUCCUCAUCAUACACGGCUUCCCCUCUGACAUCGCUGCCCUGAGGUUUGAGUGGGCGUGGCAACACCCCCACUCCUCCAGGCGACUCUCCCAUGUCUCCCGGAGCUCCAGAAAAGAGUCGAGUCUGCAGUUUCACUGGCGCGUCCUCUCCAACAUGCUGCGGGUGCCGCCGUGGAACAGGCUGCCGCUGACGGCCCGCUGGCUCAAGCAGGAGUACAGGAUGGACUUUGAGCCCAGUCUGCAGCCGCCCCUGCACAUCCCAAUCGCUUUUGGCAGCGUGAGAGCCAAGAAGCCUCAGCAGCAGCAACAGCAGCCUGUGGCAGAGGAGGAAGACGUGUCCAGGUGUUUUCUCUGUAAAGGCUCAGUCAAGGUAUCAGAAAAGCUUAGCUGCUUCCACCCGUCCUGUGGAAUGAGCAGUCAUGGGAUCUGCCUCGCCAAACAUUUCCUGAAGCGUGAACCAUCGCACCUCCUGCCCGUGGAGGGAGAAUGUCCAGCUUGUCGUCGCUCGGUGCUGUGGGGGAGCCUCAUCCGUCAUAAACACGGCUGCUUCAGCGACCUGGAGGAGAUCACAGCAUCUGCUUCCCAAAGCCACUGGGCAGAUGAACUGCAGCUAUGAGACUGAAUGAAGUGCGGUGUCAGAUAAUGACGUGGAGUAUGUUUCGUGGAAUAUAAUGAAUAAUAAUGAAUACCGAGGGACGGACAGACUGGAUCCUUUUUUACAUCAAUCAACCUGAUCAUGAAGUGUUUUAACUAUGUCUGUUUAGCUAUGAGUUUAAUGUAUUAAGUAUGCAUAAAGUAUGAAUAAAAAACCUUGUGUGACAAAUGAAAUAAAACUGUUUUAUAUACGUA